GGAAACUUUAAUUUCUCAUUAUCCGUAGUUAUUUCAUUCUUAUGGGUGAAAUAUGCAAUGUACGUGUUGUUUACUCGUGCAGCGGAAGCCAUUACGACGUAAUGACAAUGAAGUAGUAUUUCAAAGUUUUAUUCCUGCAGGAAUUUUGAACCUUCAAAAUAAUUCACACGCAGAAGUGUAAUUGAAAGUUCCAACCUAGCUUUUUUUCACCCAUAUUUCAUACGAUCGCCAUUUUGACUUCGUAGGCAGUCCGCAAUCCUGGAAUAAUUUCUUGGUUUCUUCUAAUUAAAGUGCAAGAUGGCCACUUGGCCAUAUCCGAUUCCAGGAAUGUGUAAGCCUUCUUUGCCAACAACAAUUCCAGAAGAAUGGCAAAAAGCCAAUGAAGCUCUACAAGCAGUCCAACAACCAAAAACAAACAACUCAGAAACUAAUACUCAAAAUUCAGCUGUUUCAAAUGAAUUUCAAAGUGGUUAUGGGGCUUGGCCGAAUCCAAAUAUGUAUCAAACUUUUCCAGGGUACCCUCCAUAUGCAACUAAUUAUGCUUAUUAUCAUUACAAUCUUAACUAUAUGAUGAGUAGCAAUGCUCCUGUUUAUACAACUCCAGUGGCUCCUCCGAAUCCAAAUCUGCCAAUGCCUCCAAAUUCUAUAGCAGAGACUAAGUGUGAAAAAUCUAAACCAGAAGAGCCGAAUACUAAAAACAUUUCAGUUUCUUCGUUAGCUUCACAACCUCCUCCGCCGCCUCCCUCAUCCCCACCAUCUUCCAUGCAUAAUGAUAACUCCUUUUUCAAGCAUUCGUACAAACAAGCACCUGGAAGUGGUGGCAUCAGGUUUAGUCUUCCUAAAAAAACACCUCCAAAUAAAACUUUUCCAUCAACAGAGCCUCAAAGUAAGGAAAGUACUUUUCAAGGCUCGAAUAAAUGUGAAACAAAUCUACAUCCUUAUAUGUUGCAUCAAAACUCAAGUUCUACUGUUGAUAUUGACAGAUAUCCAAUUUCUCUUAGGCAAUAUGUUGAUGCUAGUUUUUCGAGAUGUAAAGAUGAUAAGGAUAAGGAUCAGGUGCAACUCAUUCUACGCACCAAGUUGCUGAAAGCUGAGAGGGAAGGCACCAUUUAUGAAAAAGAUUGGGCUAAUGAACCAUUACCAAGUCUUCACAGUGAGAAGUUGAAAAAAGAGCAGAAGACGACACCACCUUUCAAAACCCAGGUUGCAUUUAGGACAGCUAAUUCUCAGAGUCCCAAGCAUUAUUUCCAGCAUCGAAAUAACUACACAUAUCGUUCUAGGUCUAGAUCAAGGUCAAGAUCUUAUUCUCGCUCCAGAUCAAGAUCCCGCACACCACCAAGAAAAGUCUUCAGGAGAAAAAGACAUUCUAGCUUAUCUGACUCCAGUGAUGACAGUCGAGGCUCAAAGAAAGCUCUUAAUUCAAGUGUUGUCGGACCAAUAGAUUUUCGAAAUGUAAAAAGCAGUAUUAACUUAAAUAAAAACAAAAAGAAGAAGAAGAAGAAUAAAAUGGUAUUUACUUUGGAGCCAGAUUCAGCCUCAGACGAACGUCUGCAGAAAAGGGCAGCUCGUUUUGAUAACAAAAAUGGGAAGAGUGCUAAGAGUAAUAUGAUUUUCACUGCCACAACUGAAAUGGAGUCCCCCAAAUUUAUUAUUGAUGAAAAUGGUGAUGGUGUAUGGGACUCUGAUGCUAUCAUAGGAACUUGCCAAGACUUGGAAAAGCCAUUCUUACGUUUAACUGGAGCUGUUGACCCUACUAGUGUUCGGCCGGAAGAGAUAUUAAAAAAAUCUUUAGCUCAUGUGAAAAAAUGUUGGGUUACAAAUCAAGAUUAUCACUAUGCAUGUGAGCAACUAAAGUCUAUCAGACAGGAUUUAGUGGUUCAGUGCAUAAGAAAUUCUUUUACAAUUGAAGUUUAUGAAACACAUGCUCGGAUUGCACUAGAAAAGGGAGAUCGUACUGAAUUCAACCAGUGUCAGUCUCAACUAAAAGUUUUAUAUGAAGAAAUUGGUGAAGGCAACGCCCUGGAAUUUAAAGGAUACCAUAUACUUUACACAAUUUUUACUGAAAGUACUUUAGAAAUGAAGAAUAUAUUAGCAGAAUUAGCAACUGAUGAAAAGAAAGAUAAGGUGGUAUCACAUGCUUUAAAAAUAACUAAAGCAUGGUCAAACAAUAAUUAUCAUAGAUUUUUUAGGCUUUAUUUAAAUGCUCCUAAGAUGUCUUCUUUUAUUAUUGACUGGUUUAUUGAGCGAAUUAGGAAAACUGCCCUUAAAGCCAUCAUAAAAUCAUUUCGUCCAAACUUACCGGUAUCUUAUAUCGAAAGUGCCUUAGCAUUUUCAUCUUCUGAGGACUGUAUGGCUUUUUUAAAUCAAGCAAGCAUUGUUUUUGCAAGCUCCGGUGUUAUCAACUGCAAAGAAUCAAUGGUUGCUGUAGCAAAUUCCUAGUAGCAGUGGGGCAUCUAUUGCAGUUCCCUGUUAUGUCAAUUUCCCAUAUGAUUUGAGGUUGAAUAUCAGCAGAUCACUUUUCAUAUUAAUUCUCCUUAAAUGUGGUUCAGCUCUUUAUGUGAAGCAUCAUAAAAUUUUCAUCAAAAAGAAGUUGUGUGCUAUCGGUUGAAGCUGAGUUAUGAGUGAAGCUCAUUCUAUCUUGGAAAUAAAUCUUCCAUUCAUCCUCAUCUCGCAAUCUUGAAGCUAAAUUUCCUUCUUUUAGCGAAGAGUGUUGACAAAAUAUAACUUCAUAUCUCCAAGAAAAUUGCUGCAAGAUCUCUCUGUAGACCACUUGUCUUUGUUGGAAGAAAAUUUUACUUUUUGGAAGAAAGAAGUAAUACUAAAAUAUACUUCUGUCAUCUUCAUUUUUUUCCUUUGAUGCAGUCAUACAGUUUUUUUCAAUUUAGUUCAGAACGAAGUUGGGAAUUCGUUGUUUAUAUUCCUAUGGUUAUUAAAGUGGAAGAUAGUUUUGUGUUUGAUGCUGAACCAAUUUCUAUGAAAUUUUGAAUAUUCAAGAAAAUAAUUGUGUGUAAGGAAGUUUUUUCAAGGAUCAUAUAGGAAAUUUUUUUAUAGUGGACUCUAAUCUGUUAGUUUUGUUGGACUAAGUUCUUCAUUUGAUGCCUUUCUAUAGAAAAAAACGGACAAUUUUGCUGUGUUUUCAAGAAAUUGAUUUCGUUAUAUGAGCCAGAUAUUAAAUUCAUAAUAAUACAAGAGAUUAAAUGUGCAUGGCACCUCAUGAGAUUGGAGAACCAUCGAGUUACUUAAGCAAUCUUGGCUAAACAAUCUCAUACCUGAAAAAGAGGGGGACCGAAACUUAGAUUGGUUGCCUGCCAAAAAUAAACCAAAGAUGAUGAAGGUGACAAGUUGUAACAUCUCAGCCAAGAGCAGGAUAACAUGGAAUAGAAUUCUGAAAAAGGGCCUAUCCGGCGCUGUUGCUUCAUUGAGAAGAUUAAAUGAAGUUGAAAAAAGAAAAAAAUCUAUUUUUUAUCCUAAGAAACUAAAUUUGGGAAGAAGCAUUAAAUGCUUGAGUUUUGGACUUGGAGAAUAUAGAUUUGAAUAAAACAUGUGAAUGAACUUAUUCAUUGGAGAAUGUGGAGAGUAUAUCUGCUGUUGUCAACUUCUAUGUCUUUUUUAUCAUAUGGUAUUACAUAGCAGGGGAUGUAAGCAGAUCUUAGUUCACAAGAAUUACCAAGAGAGAAGAAUUGGGCUGAGCUGCUUUUUCUUCUUCUUUUUUUUUUUUUUUUUAAUUUUCUUUUUAACUUAGGUUAUUUCCUGUCCAGAUGUAUUGAUAUAAAUGAAGAAAAUUCAAGAUAAAUGGCAUGAGUCUCCUGGUCAAUUCCCAAAAUUGAGGGUUGUCAAGUCUUCUCUCAACGUUUUAUCGUUGAAAAAAAAUGCAUUCACAAAAAAUCUGUACAGAUUAAUUAAUCUGAAAAGUAAAAUUGAGAACACUUUCCUAAUCAUUUCUGCAGCUUAUUGGUAUUCACAAUCCUGUUUAAAAAUUUAUUCAUUUCUUUUUGCAGAUUUGAAAAAAAUCUACAUAGUUAAGCAUAAAAACUUAGUCACUUAGUUUUUAAUUUUUUAACAAUACAUCUGCUCACUGUUUAAAACCUUGUGAGCUUUAGAGCUUCCUGAAACUAAAAAAGUUUAUGGUUGCUUUAUACCAUAAUUACGUUCCUUAAAUUUUACUUUUUCAAUCACUGUUUUUAAAUUUCUACCUAGUAUUUCCAUUUUCAUAUGAUAUCACUAUAUGCCAAGUGAAACUUUUAAAAGACAUAUUUGUAUAUAAUGAAUCUGUCUGCUCCUUUUGUAAAAAUGUAAAUAACUUAUUAAAAAACUAUUUAUA